ACCAAUUUUCUACAUACUUUGCGCGACAAUUUUAUCAACAAUAGAUAGAACUUCGGAGUGUUGAAUAGUGCCUCAAAUUUUUGUCGAUCUAUUCAAAUCAUAUCCCACCAACCCCUCCAUACUAUAAAUAGGAUUUGCAUGGUCUAACUCUUACGAAACAACUGAUUACUCUGAAAGCUUAUAACACAGUAGUGCGCGUUUCUGUAAGUAAAUUACGACACUAAUGGCAUCAUUAGUAACCUUCAAAGUGCGCCGUAGCGGGGCCGUGCUCGUCCCCCCGGCCGAGCCCACCCCGCGGGAGCUCAAACCCUUAUCGGACCUCGACGACCAACGGGGCCUCCGGUUCUACCGGUCGGGGAUCCAUUUCUACAAAAACGAUCCGUCGAGGGAGGGGACAGACCCCACGGAGGUGGUCAGGGCGGCGCUGGCGAGGGCGUUGGUGUUCUACUACCCGAUGGCCGGCCGGAUUCGCGAGGAGGCCGGGGGAAAGCUGGUAGUGGAUUGCACCGGGGAGGGGGCCGUGUUCGUGGAGGCCGAUGCGGAUGUCGCGAUCGACGACUUUGGCGACGUGCUGGCCCCGCCGAUCCCCGGCCAUGAGAUGCUCCUCUGCGAGCCCGAGGGCGCCGGCGGUGUCGUCGACCGCCCUUUGUUCUACAUUCAGGUGACGCGGCUAAAGUGCCGGGGAUUCACGGUGAGUUUCCAAGUAAACCACUGCAUGGCCGACGCAGCCGGGGUGAUGCAGUUCAUGAAGGCGAUCGGCGAGCUCGCGCGCGGCACCGCCGCCCCCGCCGUGCUCCCCGUGUGGGCCCGGGACCUCCUCGCCGGCCGCCGACCGACGUGCGUCACACACCGGCACCCGGAGUACGAGGAGGUCGCCGACCCUGCCGACGACCGGAUAUCCCCCGCCGACGCUCAGCUGGUCCGCCACUGCCUCUUCUUCGGCCCCAGCGAGGUCGCCGCACUCCGGGCGGGGGUCCCGGCUCGCAUGAGCCGGUGCUCCCGGUUCGACAUGAUUGCGGCACUUGUUUGGAAGUGCCGCACCGAAGCGUUACAGUACGAGCGCGAAAACGAAGUCCGGAUACAGUUCGUGGUGAACGCCCGCGGGAAGCGGGACCCGCCGCUCCCCGCGGNAUCAAAUCAUAUCCCACCAACCCCUCCAUACUAUAAAUAG